AUGUUAAACAAUCACGAAUACGAUGAUGAUGAUGAAGGUAAUGACGAUAAUGUUCGAGAUCCAACAAUUAUUCUUAAACAUCAAAAAUACAAAACUUGGUUAUAUGUUGUUCUUCUCACAGCAUGCUUCUAUGUUUUGCUCUAUGUUACCUUGAUGAAAACCAAAUCUAAAACAGUUAUUAUAACAAACAUAACAGUUGAUACUUUCAAUCAACUGUCUGAUGAAUAUAGUAAGAUUCUUUCAUGUCCAUGUCGAACAAUAUCUAUACCAUAUCAAAAUUUUACUUCGAACAAUGUGACAAUACAUCCUGUUUGUUCAAGUAAUUUCACCGAUCGUGAAUGGAUUGAAGCAUUGUAUUUUGAAAAUGCAAGUCAAUACGGAGUUUGGGAUUUUCGAACAACAGCAUAUUCACAAUUUGAACUUUUAUCCAACCUUUGUUCACUUUCGAAAGAAAUUAUUUCUCAAAUUCAAAAUGAUACUGGUAAAACUGAACUUGUUAGUUUGUAUCUUCUUUCUCGAGAACAAAUUCAAAUGGAAAUAAAUAGAACAAUUGAAUCUUUGAAGAAGAGUGCGUCUUUUCAAGUGGAGUCAUUUCUGACUUAUUUAAAAACCAUAAUUCAAGCAAACUAUUUAAUUUCAGCUUUGAAUACAAAUUCAAUAGUUUUGAUAAGCCGUAUGAAAAGUAAAUUUCUCACUUUACAUCCAGAAUCAGUAAGGUCUGAACGUGACGGGUUAGACCAAAUGUGUAGUAUGAAUGCAGUAGUAACUAAUGCUACUCUCGGUCCACACAAGUAUGAAUCAAUUCCAGCUACUUAUAGAUUGUUCUUACAUACCAUGCCCGGUUCUACCAUUGUCAAUGGAUUUUUUACAGGAUGUACUACGCUUGGAGCACUUCUUCAAAGUACAUUAGAUUGCCUAUACGAAACAAAAUGCCUCCAAUUAUUAAUCGAUUAUUUCCCCAUCCUUCAACAAAAAAACUUUAAUCCCGAGAAUUUAGUCUUAUCGUCAGGGCAUGAAAAACUCUCUGUGGAUAAAUACUUAAAUGAUUUUUUUAUUCAAAAUUGGUCAUCAGAAGUCAAUUAUAUAAAAUAUUUUGAUCAAUGUUCCCCAUCAUCAUGUACAUAUUCAAUAACGGAUCGAACAGAAUUAUCCUAUGCAAUUACUCUUCUUAUUAGCCUUUACGGUGGUCUCAUUAUUAUUCUUCGUCUUAUUGCAUCAUUUACCAUUGAUAUAUUAGUGAAGUGGAAAUCUUGUUCGAAAAAAAGGAAUGAGAAUUCAGAGCAAGGAAGAACUAAUCUAUGGAAAUUUAUUCAAAAAAUGAAACGAACUAAUCUGUUUAAGAACGUAGAUGAUCGAUCAGAAUCGACUGUCAAACAACAGAAAAUGAUCACACGUAUUUAUUUGGCAUUAUUAUUUGGUUCAAUCUGUACUCUUUGUUUAUUUACAUCAUUAAAUACUGAAAUUAUAGCAAUAAUUGUAACAGAACCACCGAUAACAACUUACAAAUCCUUAGAAGUUUCAUAUUAUAAGACACUUCGAUGUCCAUGUUCUAAUAAGGCAAUACCUUAUGAAAAACUCAUAUUAUUAUUUCCAACUUUUCAUCAGUUAUGUUCGAGUGGUUUUAUCGAUGUUAGUUGGAUUAAAAUGUUAAAAAUCGAUGUGGGUAUAACGAUUGAUAAUGAUUGGCGUAAUCAUGCACCUCCACAGUUCCAAUUAUUAUCUAACUUUUGUGAGAUAGCUAAAAAAACAAUCAACGAUGCUAUGAAACGAUAUCUUUCACAAUUGUUCAUUGUUUCUUCUGUAAUGAAUGAAAACGAUUUCUACAAAAUCAUUAACUCCAGUCUCAAGCAAUUUUAUCACUCAACAGCUUACACUUUUGGGUUAACAAUAAAUACCUCACAAUUAUUGAUGCAAGCUGAUCAGUUAUAUACAGGGAGAACCGGAAUAAAAGAACACACUAUUACCGACGAAUUAAUCCAAAAUGAGAUAAUAGAUAUAACAAAUAUAAAUGAAUCAGUCAAGGUAUGUUACUAUUAA